AGAAGUCUGUGUUCGAAUAUAAAUUUUUUCACUUUUUAAAAUUUUUUACGUGUAAGUUUAACUACUAGACUAUUUGACAAAAAAAAAAUUCUAAAAAUUAUUAUGCUAUAAAGUUUCAAGUCUUACCAAUUAGAAUUUAUUUAUUUAUUGCUACACAAAUAAUAGAAUGCUUGAGGGAAAGUUAGAAUCAUCAUGAAUCAACUUGGUAUUAGCCUUUUGAUUCUCUCUAUCUUAUUCUUCCAUGUUGUUAGAUCACAAACACAAAACACACCUUCACAAGAUGAUGGUGUUUCAAAUUUCCAACCAAGCCUUGUUGUUGUCAUAGGAAUCCUAGGUCUAAUGUUUGCAUUAACAUUUGUUCUUCUAAUUUUUGCCAAAGUAUGUCAUAUGAACCCUCUUGCUAGCACAAACAAUCAUCCAACAACACUCAUGAGGUCGAGGUCACGAUUUUCGGGUAUCGACAAAACUGCGAUCGAAUCGCUUCCUUUUUUUAGAUUCUCUUCACUCAAAGGUUCAAAAGAAGGUUUGGAAUGUGCAAUAUGUUUAUCAAAAUUUGAAGACAUUGAAAUUCUAAGACUUUUACCAAAAUGCAAACAUGGUUUUCAUAUUGAUUGUAUUGAUCAUUGGCUUGAGAAACACUCAAGUUGUCCUAUUUGUAGACACAAAGUCAACCCGCAAGACGAAACAAUCUUCGCGUAUUCAAAUAGUUUAAGGAUGAUGAUAGAAAACUCGGGACUCGAAGGCGAUGAAUCGAAUAUAGAGAUCUUUGUUCAAAGAGAGGAAGAAAAUCAAUAUGGUUCAUCAAGAUUUAGUAGUAGUACUAUUGGAAGCAGCUUUAGGAAAAUUGGAAAAAGUACUUUUGUUAAGGAAGAAGAAUUGCUUAUACAAAAAAGUGAGUGUGACAACAAUAAGGUUUAUCAUAAAUACAAUCAUAAGAUUACUAUAUCUGAUGUUGUGUUCAAACAUAGAUGGAGUAAUGUGAGUUCUUCCGAUCUUAUGUUUUUGAAUUCAGAAAUGAUUAAUUCUACAUCAAGUAACAUGUUCAAGUUCAACAAUAUGGAAUCAUUUACAAGAAAUGUUGUAGAAAAUGAGAAAAUUAUGAACAUUAAGGAAGAGAUGGAGAGGAAAAUUUCAUUUGAGAGUAAAGUAAAUGCUAUUAACAAGAUUAAAUUUAAAUCGGUUUUGGAUUCCGAUGGAAAUUUGAGUAGUGAAGUAAAUCAUGUGAAUCGUGGUGAAAAAAGGUCAGUGUCAGAAAUCGUCGGAGUAUCCAGAUUUAGAGAUUUUGAUACAAAGAAAAGGGUGUUUGAAGAUUGUUGUUUGGUUGGAAACAAUGUUAAAGAGGAAAGAAUGAGGAAGCUUUGGUUUCCAAUUGCAAGAAGAACAGCUGAAUGGUUUGUGAAUAGAGAAAGAAGGUCUCAAGAACAAUCUCAUAAUAACAAAGUGCCAUUAGAAAGAUGUAUAAUCUAAGGUUCACUUUUUUGAGGUACAUAUGUUUGGUUUUAUGGUUUUGAUCAAUUUCUUCCUUUAAAAUAUAGAAGGUUUUUCUUGCAUAUAGUAUAUUGUUAAGGUUGGUACUUUGUCAUUCGGACUUCAUAAAUUCAAAUCUUUAAAAUAUUUUUGUGAAGUAAGGUUCUAUAUGUUUAUUAUCAUCAGAUCUCACUUGGUGAGAUACAAAGGUAACAAAUUCAAAUCUUGAAAUAAAUAUCUCAAUUUGAAGUAA